ACACGGAAAAUUCCGCCCCGCAUUACUGGGGAUGAUCCGCUCGAAUCCCGAAAGUCUGGUGCGGGAGGCUACGGCGGAGGCAUCUCGAUUGCUGCGCACUGCAGAACUGCGGGAGAUGUUCCCGGGGACGGCGUUGGAGAAGGUGACGGGCCCGUUGAGGGGGGUUGGGCCUGCGACGGGGAGUUUGGUGUUGUCGGUUUUGUCGUCGGAUGAUGAUGGUGAGAGUGAGGGUGGGGGUGAGGGUAUUGGGGUGCCGUUUUAUAGUGAUGAUGUGUUUCUGUGGUUGUGUUUGGGGGUUUUCCCUGGGGGCGAUCCGGAAAGGGUGAGGAAGGCGUUUAAGCCUGGGAAGAGCGGGGAGUUGAAUGUUAAGUAUAAUGUUGGGGAGUAUCGUGAGUUGUGGGAUGCGGUGCGGAGGUUGAGGGGGAGGUUGGGGGUGGGAGUUGGGUGUCUGGAGAUUGAGAAGGUGGCGUUUGUGGUGAGGUUUGGAAUUGGGGGUGAGGAUGGGAUGGAGGGGGUGGUGGUGGAGGAGAAGGAGGAGGAGAAGGGGGAGAAGGAGGGAAUUGAUCUUCAAGACAUCCGGGGGAAGAGGAAGCGUGGGAAAAUUGAAGAGGAGGAGGUGGAGAAGGUGGAGAGGGAGCAAAAGGUUGGUGUGAGGAGAAGUACCAGAAGGAGAGGAGGAAAGGAGCAACAACGUUAGCAAUGAUUCAAGUUUAGGAUGUAUGCAUCUAUCUGCCUUCCAAGUUCGUAUCUGCACCUCCUGCUCUGCUUCCAUACUCCAUACUUCGCCAUUCAAACCCUCAGCUGUGCCUCUUACACAAUCACUCCGGCUUCCAAGCCACGGCAUGAGAUUCCAUCAAUCAUCACAAUCAGAUUAUGACAUGAACCGCCCAAGUUGAAAAUGUGGCUGCCGUCUUGCGAAGAGGUACAGUACAGCGUACGCUGCAUGAAGCCGUGCAGCUGAUGCAAUCUGAAGGGGGAAAAAAAAGUACAGUACACCUGCUCAGCCUGCCGACGGAUGUUCUUGUACAAACCAUGGGUACGACGACAGCUGGAACUUUGACAACGAGAAUUUCCGCGUGGUUCUCCACGACCUAAACAAUCUAGCGUCGCCCCAAGUGG